UAUAGGAGUCACAUAGAGAUGGUGAAGAGAUUCAAGGUGUGGACAUACAGGGAAGGAGAACACCCACUGGUCCAUCUUGGGCCCGUUAACAAUAUUUAUGGGAUUGAAGGCCAAUUCAUAGAUGAGAUUGAGAAGCAAAACAGUCCCUUCAAGGCUAGAAAUCCUGAAGAAGCACACACGUUUUUCUUGCCCUUUAGUGUUGCAAACAUCAUUCAGUUCAUUUAUAAGCCUAUCACCAGCAAAGCUGAUUAUAAUCGAGAUCGUCUUUUUCGUAUUGUGAUGGAUUACAUUGGUGUCGUGGCUGAUAAGUAUCCUUACUGGAAUAGAAGCAGUGGUGCUGAUCAUUUUAUGGUUUCUUGCCAUGAUUGGGCACCAGAAGUUUCAGAUGCCAAGCCGGAGCUAUUCAAUAACUUCAUUAGAGUGGUAUGCAAUGCCAAUACCUCAGAAGGAUUCCGACCCAAAAUAGAUGUUUCACUUCCCGAAAUCAAUCUACCCUUUGGAAAGCUUGGCCCAGCCCAAUUUGGUGAAGCCCCGAACAACCGGACAAUUCUGGCCUUUUUCGCUGGAGGAGCCCAUGGAUACAUUAGGCAUAUAUUGCUUGAGCAAUGGAAAGACAAAGACAAUGAAGUCCAAGUCCAUGAGAGGCUUCCCAAGGGCCUAAACUACAACCAACUGAUGGGGCAGAGCAAGUUUUGCUUGUGCCCAAGUGGGUAUGAAGUGGCCAGUCCUAGAGUUGUGGAGGCAAUUUAUGCUGGAUGUGUCCCCGUGAUUAUAUCUGAUUAUUACUCGUUACCCUUUAGUGAUGUGUUGAAUUGGAAGGAGCUAUCCAUAGAAAUACCAGUUUCAAAGAUUGCAGAGAUGAAGAAGAUCUUGAAAGAGGUUCCAAAUGAUAAGUACAUGAGAUUGCAAAGCAAUGUGAACAAAGUUAAGAGGCAUUUUGUGCUGAACCGGCCUGCUAAGCCAUUUGAUGUCAUUCACAUGGUGCUUCACUCUGUUUGGCUAAGGCGACUUAACUUUAAGAUUGGAACUUGAGGAUGUGAAUUUGUUUUUCUCUU